AUGUCCACUCAAGACCUGUAUCAGACCCCGCUCGACACCUCAAAACCCGAGAUAAGACUACUGGAAAUAGUCGAGUACAAAGAUGUCGUCUCUUGUAAAUUGCACACAGUCACAUUUAGCAAACAACUACACUUUGCGGCGCUAUCAUAUGUAUGGGGGAGUGCAGCUGACAGGGUCAACAUCAACAUCGACGGCGUUGAAGUUCCCGUUUCGAAAAGUCUCGCCCGCGCGUUGAAAGAAGUUCGAGGCUAUUGGCAAUACGAGUUUCCCGAUAGAGAUCAAUCCAAGUUCAGAAUCUGGGUCGACGCCGUUUGCAUCAACCAAGCCGACGCUGCAGAACGGACUGAGCAGGUCAAGCUCAUGCGCGAUAUCUACUCCUCAGCUGAUCUGGUACUUGGAUGGCUGGGUUCCGAAGAGAGUGAUAAGAUCUUGAGAGCUAUCACAACCAUUAUGGUCUUGAAUAAGGCCUUCAGGGCAGCAAGAUGGGACGUUGAUAACCUGAUGGAUCUGGAGUGGCUGAGAACUUGUGGUCUUACAAAAGAACCAGAAUGUGACAAGUUCUGGGCAUCCCUAGAUGACCUUGCGUUAUUACCGUAUUGGCGGCGGGUGUGGAUCUUGCAGGAAAACGUUCUGGCCUCUACAUUGUUCUACAUUGCCCCGCGAGUCUGCAUCGAGUACAGCUCUCUCAUGAACGCGUGCCAUAUGUUCGAGAUACUUUCACUCAAGCUGAGUGAGAAGCAAGCUACGAAACCAAACUUUGUCCCAAGCCAUAUUUGGAUGAAAUUUUGUCCACCCAAGGGCACCGGUUUCAUCCAGCUGCGAAACAUCUUGCGCUUCGAUAUUGCCAAGACUAUGUACAGGGACAGGCUUACAGAGAGUCAAGAAGAGCAACAACGAACGGCGGUUCAACUUUCGGUCUUUGGUGGCACUCUUGAAGCUACGGAUCCGAAAGAUCACAUCUAUGGCCUCCUAGGCCUCAGCUCAUUACCCCUCAGCCCAGACUACACCAAGAGCGUCAGAGACGUUUACGUAGACUACUGCAAGGCUGUGCUCGAUAUGAUCGGGAACAGUGGCAAAAGAGAACUGCAAUUUCUACGAGAUGCUGGCUCUGGUGUUUUUCAGGAUCCUCUUGGGUUGCCAUCAUGGGCACCGCAAUUUCCAUCGAGGGCGACCGAUAAUCCGACACUGAUAUUUGACGGAGAGUUUAAGCUUUCUCGUCUCGCCCCUAAAGUUCCACGACCAAGUAUCUCGGAUGCCAAGUUACACUUAUCCGGCGUGAAAUUGCAGACAUUAAAGAAGAUCGGCGGAAACCCAGAGAUCCAGAAUUUACAAAAGGGAGGUAGUCUCGCCGAUUGGGUACAAGACUACAUCACUCGUAUACCAUUCUAUCCAACUAAAAUCCCUUCAAUUUGGGCACUUUUCUUAGUUGUUGCAAGGAUGCAGAAACUGGCACUGGAUACACCGAGCAUGUUGCUAUUGCUUAACUUCACGAAGCGACUAGAUCUCCAAAUUCCGGAAAGCGAUCGGCCACGGGGUGUUACCAGAUACUUUCAGACGUCUGAGGCAGAUGGUCUCUCAGUCAUGAUAGUUCAAGAUGGAGGGAACAACCCUGACAUGAUGGGGUGCAUUUCGCCGUUCUUAGGGGGACCUGAUGAACUGAAGGCGAGGAUGUUUGACGUCGACGCUCAACAAGUGUUUAUGAUGAAGCGAAACUACCAUACUAAAUUGUUCGAGACUAAUGCUGGAUAUUUGGGUAUGGGGCCACAGAACUGUAAGGUUGGAGAUGUGAUCUGCGUUAUCGAUGGGUAUGAGGAUCUUGUUCUGCUGCGACAACGCGGAGAUGAGUAUGAAUAUGUUGGACCCUGUAUGGCUUAUGGAAUCACGGAUUUGUACAUCAAGAGGAAGGUUGAGGAUAAAGAGGUGGGUAUCGAGACGUUUCAUCUAGUGUAG